AUGUUUUUCCAGGUCAAAGCCUAUCGAUUCAUUGCAUACUCUGCGAUUUCAUUCAGUUUUGUUGCAAUUUUGUCGGUAUGCCUAUCGCUUCCCAUGAUCUAUUACUAUAUAAACAAUGCCAAAACUUCUUUGCAAGGCGAGAUCGAGUUUUGCAGGAAUUCCGCCAGAGACAUCUACGGAGAAGUGCAGCAAUUCAAACAAAUCCCAAGAAACCGAACUACCCGUCAGGCUUAUGGUAGCCUUCUCGACACUGACGAGUGCGAUGGGUGCUGUAUACAGGGCGCCCCUGGGCCAACGGGCGAACCAGGGCGUCCAGGCCGCCCGGGUAAGCCCGGUGUUCCUGGGAUGCCUGGCAACCCCGGCAAACCACCCCAGCAGCCGUGUGAGCUAGUUACCCCGCCACCGUGCUCUCCUUGUCCUGCAGGUCCUCCGGGCAAACCGGGACCUCAGGGCGCCCCGGGUGACAUCGGCCAGCCGGGUAACCCGGGCGAGCGGGGCAUGGACGGGGAGCCCGGGCCGCCAGGACCCACAGGUCCUCCUGGGGAGCCUGGGCUACCUGGCGCCCAGGGAAUAACCGGACAGCCUGGUGUUAACGCAGAGCCAGUGGCGUAUAGGGCAGGCGCGCCAGGACCUCCUGGUGAGCCUGGACCACCAGGUGCGCACGGGGAUCCUGGGGAUCUUGGCGAAGAGGGGCCGCCCGGGUUACCCGGACCGAAAGGCCCACCCGGUGCAUCUGGAAUUCCUGGAAACGAUGGGCCGCCAGGAGCUCGGGGACAACCGGGAUUAUCUGGAGAUUCAGGAGAGAAGGGGAUUUGUCCAAAAUAUUGCGCCAUUGAUGGAGGUGUAUUUUUUGAGGAUGGAUCCAGGCGAUGAUAUAAUUAUUGAAAUGAAUUAUUUUUUGAAAUUUUUGAAUAUUAAUAUGUAUUCUUGAAAUAAACUAUAGUUUACUUGGU